UUGGAUGUUCCCAGACUGAGGGGGACAGCAGGGGCGAAGGCAUGGGGGAAAGAAGAGCAGUGUGCUUGAAGCAAGUGAGUCAGAGGGAGCGUGGGAGGAAAUGAGAUGACAGUGUGGGCCCGGGAAGGAUCUGGACGUUAUUCUAAAAUCAGGAAGGGUUCAUGGAAGCCCAUGGAACGCGUUAAUGAGCAAGGGAGUCACGUUUCCCUAGUCUGAGCUUUCUCAGCAUUUUCGGCGGGGGGCGGGGGAAGGGUUGUGGAGCAGGGGCUGUGGCCAAGCCAGCUGACUUCCUGCCAAUUAUCAGUUGACCAUGGCCCCCUCUGACCCUCUGAAAACUGGGAGUGAUAAUUGCUACCUCACUGGAUGCACACCUGGCCCAACCUGCUGUCAUCUUCCCCCACAGGGCCUGGCCACCCCUCCCACAGAAUGCCUGAGGGCCCUGAGCUACAUCUGGCCAGUCACUUUGUGAACGAGGCAUGCAGCGAGCUGGUGUUUGGCGGGUGUGUGGAGAAGUCACCUGUCAGCCGCAACCCUGAGGUGCCCUUUGAGAGCAGCGCCUACCACAUCUCAGCUUUAGCCCGAGGCAAGGAGCUGCGCCUGACACUGAGCCCCCUGCCUGGGGCUCAGCCCCCACGAGGGCCACUGGCCCUUGUCUUCCGCUUUGGCAUGACCGGCUCCUUCCAGCUGGUGCCCAGCGAUGCGCUGCCACCCCAUGCCCAUCUGCGCUUUUACACGGCUCCCCCUGGCCCCCGACUUGCCCUCUGCUUCGUGGACAUCCGCCGCUUUGGCCGCUGGGACCUCGGGGGCAAGUGGCAGCCAGGCCGCGGGCCGUGUGUCUUGCUGGAGUAUGAGCAGUUCAGGGAGAAUGUGUUACGAAACCUAGCAGACAAGGCCUUUGACCGGCCCAUUUGUGAGGCCCUCUUGGACCAGAGGUUCUUCAAUGGCAUUGGCAACUAUCUGCGGGCAGAGAUCCUAUACCGGCUGAGGAUACCCCCCUUCGAGAAGGCCCGCACGGUUCUGGAGGCACUGCAGCAGCGCAGGCCGAGCCCGGAGCUGACCCUGAGCCAGAAGAUCAGGGCCAAGCUGCAGAACCCAGACCUACUGGAGCUGUGCCACUCAGUGCCCAAGGAAGUGGUCCAGCUGGGGGGCAAAGGCUAUGGGCCGGAGAGCACGGAGGAGGACUUUGCUGCCUUCCAAGCCUGGCUGCGGUGUUAUGGCACGCCAGGCAUGAGCUCCCUGCGGGACCGGCAUGGCCGCACCAUCUGGUUCCAGGGGGAUCCUGGACCCUUGGCGCCCAAAGGGGGCAAGUCCCGCAAGAAGAAAUCCAAGGGAGCACAGAGGGGUCCUGAGGACCAAGUGGAGAAUCCUCCAUCUCCAAACAAGGCCCCUUCAAGGACACGAAGGGCACGGAGAGGCCUUCCUGAGCAGACUGCGGCCCAGCAGCCCGAGGGGACCAGCCUCCAACGGGACCCAGAAGCCCCCUGCGUCCCUGAGAAAGGGAAGAGGAGGAGGCAACCAGCGACCUCAGGCCACCGCAGACCCCAAAAGAUCAAGGCUGACACCCCAUCCUCGGAGCCUGAGGAGACCUCAGCCUCUUAGCAGGAGGGUCUCCUUGCUUGCAUCCACCCCUUCCUGCUGCCCUGGAUCUGGGCCUGUGCGGCUUCCUGGAAGUUGCAGGGGACUGGCUGCCCCUGGCCCUGUGGCCAUUCCCUGUACAACUAUGAUGUUUUUAAUUGUACCCAUUGUCCCCAUUUUUUAAGCCCACGUGAAAAAGGCUGUAAUUUUUAGUAAACUGAUAAACCUUGAA